AUGCUGGAGACCAAAUGGAGCCUCCUGCAGGACCAGACCUCCACCCGCUCCAACAUUGAGGGCAUGUUCGAGGCCUACAUUGCCAACCUGCGCAGACAGCUUGACGGGCUUGGCAACGAGAAGGGCAAGCUGGAGGGAGAGCUGAGAAAAAUGUACUAAAACCUUGCCUUUUUUCCUUACAGGUAUGAAGAUGAAAUCAACAAACGUGCAGCUGCAGAGAACGAGUUUGUGCUCCUGAAAAAGGAUGUUGAUGCUGCCUACAUGGUCAAGGUGCCACUAGAGGUCAAAGCUGAUGGUCUUCAGGAUAAGAUCAACUUCCUCAGGGCCGUCUAUGAGGCUGAGCUUCGUGAACUGCAGGGCCAGAUCAAGGACACCUCUGUCAUUGUGGAGAUGGACAACAGCCGUAACCUGGACAUGGACUCUAUUGUGGCUGAAGUGCGUGCUCAGUAUGAGGACAUUGCCAACCGCAGCAAGGCUGAAGCAGAGACCUGGUACAAACAGAAGUAUGAUGAGAUGGAGAGCUCUGCUGGACAGUACGGUGAGGACCUGCGCUCAACCAAGACUGAGAUUUCUGAGCUGAAUCGCAUGAUCGCCCGUCUUCAGAAUGAGAUUGAGGCUGUCAAGGGACAGAGGGUCAGCCUUGAGUCUCAGAUCACAGAGGUGGAGGAUCGUGGUGAGCUGGCAGUGAAAGAUGCCAAGCUCCGCAUCAGGGACCUGGAGGAUGCUCUGCAGAGAGCCAAGCAGGACAUGGCUCGCCAGGUGCGCGAGUACCAGGACCUGAUGAACGUCAAGCUGGCCCUGGACAUCGAAAUUGCCACCUACAGGAAACUGCUGGAAGGAGAGGAGAGCAGACUGGCCAGCGGAGGUUCAAACGCAACCAUCCAUGUGCAGCAGACAUCUGGAGGUGGUGGUAACUCCAGCUCUGGCAGUGGAUUUGGCUAUGGUGGUGGCAGCAGCUAUGGUGGUGGCAGCUUGUCUGGUGGUUAUGGUGGUUCUGUUACCAAGUCCGCAGUCUCAUCAACCAGUUCCAGGAGAUAUUAA